GUUUAAUGAAUUUCGACGGGGGAGAGGAAAAAAAACCCAUCUAACACUUUUCAUCAACCUACUUCCGAAACCAAAUUUAAAUCGGAAAUAUACCAUAUUACGUCUCUGCAAAGGCGUAUAAAACAGUUUUGAGUGAUUGAAACAUAUAUGUCCACUUGAAAGAUUUUUUUCCUUUUUGGAUUGUACUUGUUUGCGUCUCUAAGAUAUUUUAUAUCGACUGCCUUCUCUAUAAUCACUCUCUGGACCUGUUAGAUGAUGCUCUGUCUACACCAAACUUAGUCAAACUUAUUUUAGAUGACGGAUGCGGCUAAAGAUUUAGCGUCAGGGACAGUAGGAGGAGCGGCUCAGAUAAUCGUAGGUCAUCCAUUUGACACAAUCAAGGUCAAACUCCAGAGCCAGCCGGCUCCAACACAUGGUCAACCACCACGGUACACCGGUGCAAUCGAUGCGGUUAAGCAGACCGUUGCUGCUGAAGGACCUAAGGGUUUGUACAAAGGUAUGGGAGCUCCGCUUGCAACCGUUGCUGCCUUAAAUGCUGUUUUGUUCACCGUGAGAGGUCAAAUGGAAGGCCUGCUUAGGUCUGAUUCUGGAGUUCCUUUGACCAUUAGUCAACAGUUUGUAUGCGGCGCAGGCGCUGGUUUUGCUGUCUCGUUCCUUGCUUGUCCUACCGAGUUGGUCAAAUGCAGGUUGCAAGCACAAGGUGCACUAGCCGGCGCCUCUACCACAAGCUCAAUGGUUGCAGCCGUGAAAUAUAGUGGACCAAUGGACGUAGCCCGUCAUGUGUUACGAUCAGAAGGCGGAGCACGAGGGCUAUUCAAAGGUUUAUUACCUACAUUUGCCAGGGAAGUCCCGGGAAACGCAGCUAUGUUUGCAGCCUAUGAAGCUUCUAAGCGGUUUUUAGCUGGUGGUUCAGACACUUCAAGCUUAGGACAAGGUUCAUUGAUCAUGGCUGGUGGAGUUGCUGGUGCAUCCUUUUGGGCAUUUGUUUACCCGGCUGAUGUGGUGAAGAGUGUUCUUCAAGUAGAUGAUUAUAAAAACCCUAAGUACGCGGGUUCCAUGGAUGCUUUUAGGAAAAUUUUGAAAGCUGAAGGAGUUAAAGGUUUGUAUAAAGGGUUUGGUCCAGCCAUGGGUAGGAGUGUUUUUGCUAAUGCUGCUUGCUUCUUGGCUUAUGAGAUGACAAGAUCAAGCUUGGGAUAAAUUAGUUUUGUUUGGUUUUAAAUGGUUGAUUCAAUUUGUUGAUGUUCCCAUUGAUUAAUCUUCAAAAAAUCUGUCUAUCUCAUUACAAAAUUUAUAUGUAACAUUAUAUAUUUACUUAAUUUCAUUAGAUCCCAC